AUGCGCAACUCUGUCGACGGCAACGCCGACGAGGCGCUGGCCGCCUUGGGCUACAAGUCCGAGCUGCCUCGAAAUCUCAGCAUGCUCAGUAUCCUGGGCCUUUCCUUCGCCAUUAUGGCCGCGCCGUACGGCCUCAGCACUACCCUAUAUAUCACACUCGACGAUGGCUUGUCAGUCACCAUCAUCUGGGGCUGGGUAUUUGUCACCCUCAUCUCCAUCGCGAUCGCCUCUUCCCUCGCCGAGAUCUGCGCCGUCUAUCCUACCGCUGGCGGUGUUUACUACUGGAGCGCCAUGCUCUCGACUCGUCGCUGGGCCCCGUUGAUGUCCUUUAUCGACGGCUGGUUGACCCUCGUCGGCAAUUGGACCGUCACGCUCAGUAUCAUCUUUGGUGGUGGUCAACUGAUCCUCAGUGCCAUCACACUGUGGAACGAGGACUUUGUCGCCAAUGAAUGGCAGACUGUUCUGAUGUUCUGGGCCGUGCUGCUGGUCUGCGUCCUAGUCAAUGUCUUUUUUUCGCGGUAUCUCGACCUCAUUAACAAAAUCUGCAUCUUCUGGACCGCUGCGAGCGUGAUCAUUAUCCUCAUUACCCUCCUGACUAUGGCCAAGAACCUGCGGACUGGCGAAUUUGUAUUUGCGGAAUAUGAUGCGUCGCAGAGUGGAUGGCCCGAGGGCUGGGCAUUUUUCGUUGGCUUGCUGCAGGCGGCAUACACGCUAACAGGGUACGGCAUGGUAGCGGCCAUGUGCGAGGAAGUCCAGAACCCACACCGCGAAGUCCCCAAGGCGAUCGUGUUGUCCGUCGUCGCAGCCGGCAUCACGGGUCUGCUCUACCUGAUCCCCGUCCUGUUCGUGCUGCCCGAGGACAUCGAUGCCUUGCGCAAUGUCGCGAGCGGACAGCCGAUUGGAACCGUGUUCAAGAUGGCGACUGGCUCCGCGAGCGGUGGCUUCGGUCUGCUCUUCUUGAUUCUGGGAAUCAUGAUGUUUGCUGGUAUCGGGUCUUUGACUGCGGCCAGUCGCUGCACCUAUGCCUUUGCGCGUGAUGGUGCCAUUCCCGGAUUCAAGCUGUGGCGCCGGGUCAACAAGAAGCUGGAUGUGCCGGUUUGGGCUAUCAUCCUCUCGGCCGCGGUCGAUGCGCUGCUGGGAUUGAUCUACUUCGGUUCGACGGCGGCCUUCAACUCGUUCACGGGUGUGGCCACCAUCUGUCUGUCCACCUCGUAUGGCCUGCCGAUUCUCAUUUCAAUGCUCCGCGGUCGCCAGGACGUGAAGCGCUCAUCCUUUUCCCUGGGUCCGUUCGGAUUCAUUGUCAAUGCGAUCACCAUCUGCUGGAUUGUGUUGGCCGUGGUGCUGUUCUGCAUGCCCUAUACAUUGCCCGUCGACCCGUCGUCCAUGAACUACGCGAGCGUGGUGUUCGCCGGCUUCGCGUUCAUUAGUAUCGUGUGGUACUUUGCAUAUGCACGCAAGCACUUCACCGGUCCUCCAGUCAGCAAGGAGGAAGCUGCAGCCGCGACGGGCAUUAUGACGGGCGCUGCGGUGGAUCCGGAGCGCAAGUUGUCGGAGACUGCGGAGAUGAAGAAGACCCCGACCUAG